AUGGAAAAUGCAAAGGAUAAAGGCAAAGCCAGGGCUAAGGAAAAGGAGAAGGCUAAUGAAAAGGCAAAAGCAAAGCCUUUGGAUAAGGCAAAUUCAAAGGCUAUUACUAUAGGUGAGCAAAAGUUUCAUUCUUUGAACUUUUGGCGUUCUGCCACCCCUCAAUUAGAUUUUUCUCUUUGGGAAGAUUUGCAACGUCAUAUCUCUUCUAUAAGGGGUGAAUCUCUCUAUUCUGGCUGUUUCCAAGUGAUAGCUAAUUUUCGUGAUCCCUAUCCUCUGGCUGUGAAUGGCGGGCUUCUGGUCCUUUCGUUUUUCCAAUUGUUGGAAUUGUAUGUUUAUCAUUUGACUUCUUCCUGUAUCAAGUUCAAUAUGGUUACUCGUCUGGUCUACGAUUCAAUUGUGAAGCAGGUUUCUUGUUAUGGAGAACGACACGAGUCAGCGGCUGUCAAGUGUGCCAUCAUGCGCAUCUAUUAUAAAUCAUCUGGCGAGUCCGUUCAAGAAAUUUGUCCGAUUCAGAAGGACUCUACUGAGCUAAUUAGUAAUAUCAUGGGUGUUAUGGCAACACCAAGCGUCGAAAAUCUUAAUCUUCCCCGGGUUGAAUCCCUGAAGCGCAAGAAGUCUCGAAAAUCUAAGAUUCUUACUUCCAUCAAGCGACCAAGUUCCCAAUUGGAGCCCCGGCCCUUCAUGGUCGCCGAUAUAGAAACUGUGCUUUUGAAUGAUGUUCAUGUCCCAUACGCGAUAGGUUAUUUGGCGGUUUAUCCUAGUUUGGAUCUUUCUUCUGUGGCUCCUUCUUCAAUCCAUAUUGCGGAUUCCUUUAAUUCUUUUUCAAGUCUUGAAGAAGAAAGUCAAGUAAUUCUUUCUCGUUUUAUCUAUGACUUAGAAAUAGCCGGGAGGAGAGACCCUCGUCUUCGUACGGUGUACUUUCAUAACUUUGCUAGGUUUGAUGGCCUUUUCCUGCUUAAGCAUUUGGCGUCCUUUCACAAGGACUUCAAGAUCAAACAAUUGAUACGCGAGCAUAGGCUUUAUGAACUCAAGAUAUACUUGGGGGAAAGGCAUCUCUCCCGUUUCCGCGAUUCCUGCACCUUGCUUCCUCGAUCUUUGGCAGAGUUGGCCCAUACUUUUUGUCCUGAGUUGGGUUUUAAAGGCUCUAUCAACCACGAGGCAGUUAACAUAUCAAAUCUUCUUUCUCUUCGUGAGGAAUAUGUUAGAUAUCUUCGUCAGGAUGUCCUGCUCCUUGGGGGCGUCAUGAGAAAAGCGCAAGAAACCUAUUUCUUUAAGUAUCACAUCGAUGUCGAGAAUGUGAUGACGAUGUCGGCGCUUUCGCUUUGCAUCUUUAGAACUCAUUACUAUGAACCUGACCUCUUUCCUAUCUGUACUCUCACAAAGAAUCAAGAUUCAUUUAUUCGUCGUGGGUUUUACGGGGGGCACUCAGAUGUGUACAUCCCUUAUGGGGAGAACCUUCUGUAUUAUGAUAUGAACUCCCUUUAUCCCCACGUAAUGAAGAAGUAUUCCCUGCCCUGCGGCGAGCCCUUCUGGCGAAAUAACCUUACCAAAGUUGACUUGGGCACCCUCUUUGGGUUUGUUGAGGCUUCUGUUGUGUGUCCCAAGGAACUUCGCCGUCCCUUCUUGCCGUACAAGAGCUCCGAUACCCUCAUUUUUGGCACUGGUCAUUUCGUAGGGGGGCUAUUCUUUUUUGAGAAGAGGAGCGGCAGUCCUUUCGCAAGCAUCAUUUCUAGCCUUUACGAACUCCGGAAGGAGGCUAAGAAAGCCGGGUUUGAGGCGAUGUCCUUUAUCUUAAAGUUGUGCAUGAAUUCGCUCUUCGGGCGUUUCGGCAUGGACCCUGAAGGUCAAGUGAGCGAAAUAUGCUCUUUCUCUAGGUAUGAGGAGUUGCUGGUUCAAUCUGGUUUUCGUUCAACGGAUAAGCUUGACGAUGAUGUUUACCUCGUAAAUUAUAGGAGGAACAUCCGUCAUCUUAGUGCCGAGGAGUGGCGACCUCCUAGGAACUUAGCAAUUCAAAUCUCCGCGGCUAUUAGUGCCUACGCUUGA